ACAAUCGCAGAUAAUCAUAGCCGUUCAGCUUUUGAUGUUGCUCGGGACAAGGGACAUGUCCUAAACCCAUGCUUCUCAGAGUAGAUCCUAUGGCUGCCAUUGCACUGUGCACAAAGAACAUAUCUCAGCUCUCCACAAACAUCACAGACACUAUUGUUUCCUACAAUGGGUAACCCACCAAUCAGCUUACUCAACUCACCACUCUCAUUCAUCUCCUUGAUCUCCUCGGCCCCACCAACAUACUUCCCUCCUAAGAAAACUGCAGAUGAUGAAUUCUGGGAUGAAGAUGUUAAAAGAGAUUCUCCCCCCUUCUUGAAGAGCGUACUACAUGGCCAUUUCCCCAUUUCUGACUUCUCUAUCUCCAUUAAUGGAGAGGCCGAGUUCAGGCCCGGAAUUGUCACCCUCGAUGGUCACGCCGACGAUUGGAAUGAUAUUGAUGGAUUCGAGUUCUCUCUUCUUCCUGCUCUGGACCCCGAUGACGAUAAAGAGUACAAGGGUGGAAAAAUGACCGUUAAGGCCUUGCACGAUGGUAAGGAUUUGUUCUUCUUGUUGCAAGUUGAUGGGGACUAUGCCUACGCGAAAGGCAAUAACAAUAAAUGCCCAUCUGUGGCCCUCAUGUUUCCAAUCGGUGACCACGCCACCUACCACAAUAUGGGUGGUUGUAAGGAAGGAACUAAUUCUUGCACCAGUAAAACUUGCAAAGGCCACGAAGUAGACAUGAUGCAUUUCUCAAUUGGAAAUGCUAUUCCUGGACGGCUCUAUGGUGGGAAUCUGAUAGACAACAGAGAUGGAAAUGGUGGUGACAGGUUUGGCCAUUUGGUCGAUCUAUAUGCAUGGAAUCCACACUGUAGAUACAUUGAUGGAAUUGGUCCUUCAGGAAAUGAUUCUAGUGCACAGAAUAAUUGGAAGGGGGCAUGGUGGCACACUAUCUUUACUGAUCACUCAGGUUUUGUAGAGGAAGACAGUCCUUAUGGUUCUGAUGGUCAAAAAGGCACUUAUUUAUUUGAAUUCUCUAGGCCUUUAAGAACCAUGGAUCGUCUCCAGCAGGAUGCUCAAUUUACAAUUAGUGGAUCUAGCAAGAUGGCUGUUGCAUUCUGGUAUCCUGUUGAUGGGAUUCCAUGGCAUGGAUCUGGUCAUUUUUCUAUCAACUGUGAUUGGAUACCCUUAGAUAUCUCUCCUGGCAGUUCAAUGCUAUCACCAGGCGGCUCAGGAGAUGUGGGCGGUGCCAUAGCCCUUCUAUUUUCAGUAGUGUCUUUAUGCAUCUCUGUUUUUGUGGGAUAUAGAGUCGCUAGACCUAAGGGUAUCCCUUUUACACCCGUUGGGACAACCAUGGAGAACCUUUAGAAGAGCAGUAUGGGUGUGAAACUGUACUACAAGGUGAGAGUUGUACUUCUCAGUUUUGUACUUUGGUCACUACCACAUCACUACAUUUUAUAUUGCAAGUUAAUUGUUAGUUUAUUCACA